UCGCAGUUUCUUGUCUGCGUUGAGUCACGUUGAGUGCGGCUGAGCGAGUCUGUCGCGAUUAUGGAUGUUAUGUAUGUCACUUUUCGUCGCGUUAUUUAUUGUUUUUAAACAAUGUGAUAAGGUGGCUGAGAACCUGCGGGCAUCCAAGUUCUUCAGCGAGGCUGCAAUCCUCGCGUUUAAUCUAGCGAGAUUAUUAAAGUAGCCGACAUAUGCACUAGACGGUGUAAAGUAUCGUUGGUUCUCUGGGCAUAGUUGCAUCACACGAGGAUCAUCGCUGCAGUGAAAUAACGUCCGGGUGGAGUAUCGGCGGAGCGCACAGUUCCCAUCGGUCUUUACCCUAUUGUUAAUUUCGCUGCAGUGUUUGUGCCAAAAUAGGAAGAAAACAACAUUGUUACUGUAGCGAAAGGGCGAUGAAGUAAAGCCAGGAGAAUGAUGAUGGGUGAUCAGUUUCGUAGUAAAGUGGAACAAUACUCACCAAAAUCAUCACCGAGGGGAGCCCGUUCCCCUGUAGUUUCACGUCAGGACUCGACCGGGACCCUCAAAACGACGAUUUCCCUCGGCAAGAACCCCUCAAUCGUCCACAGCGGGCCUUUCUACUUAAUGAAGGAGCCCCCUGGGCAAAGUGAACUCACGGGGGCUACAAAUUUGAUGGCCUAUUAUGGCCUCGAGCAUUCCUAUAGUAAAUUCAGUGGUAAAAAGCUCAAGGAACAACUCUCGUCAUUUUUGCCAAAUCUACCUGGUAUCAUUGACGCGCCUGGUCACCAAGAUAACAGUUCUCUAAGGUCUGUGAUAGAGAAGCCUCCAAUCUGUGGAAAAGAACUUCUCCCGCUCAACAGUGUGCAACUUGCUGGAUUUAGACUACAUCCCGGACCUCUCCCAGAGCAGUAUCGUUAUGUAAAUCAGGCACCGCAACGAAAGCACAAGAAUAAAAACAAAAAGCAUAAACAUAAGCCUGGAGAAACUCUGAGUGGUCAAGAGGCUACUACCACUGAUACAGGGGGACCUGAUCCCCAUGAAAAGAAGCAUAAGAAACAAAGGAAACAUGAUGAGGAGAAAGAGCGGAAGAAACGGAAGAAAGAGAAAAAACGAAAAAAACAAAAACACAGCCCCGAACAUCCCGGAGGUCUCACACCCUCACAGCAUUCCAAUACGUGAUCUCCAUCCUUUCCAUUUUUAUUCAUCUAAUCGAUUAUACAUACCUGUGUUGUUCGUACACAAAGUGAAACGAGACGACGAGUUUAAUUCACUUAUUCAGAAAUCAUAGAACUGCCCAUGUGCCUUGCUCAAUUCAACGCGAUGUAUGAAAUUUAAGCUCUUUCUUAGCUAAAGGAUAUCUCAUGUUAUUUCUAAACUGCAGCCAAUACAUAUGACAUAUAAUGUAUUGGCGUGAUGCUUCGGUUACUGUACAGGUGAAAUAAAAUCUCAUUGCAAUUAUAGUAAUUUUAGAUAGGACGUUUAUUGGUGAACUCGGCCUGUCUAUCACUCUGUUUACUUACACCGUUUUAGUCCUGUAAUCGGCCAAAGUGUAUCCCGGAAUUCAUGCAGUUCUGUGAAACCUAAUUUCAUCGUCUCAGUUUCAAAAAAAGGCUGUGUGUCCAGUAGUAUAGUCUAAUGUCUAUAGAGAUUGUUUUGACUAUUGAAUACUAAAAAAAAAAAACGAUCAUGAAAAAACAUUGUUUGUAUUGAUGACAAUUUGUUAACAUCACCAGUUGUUGGCAUACUGAUAUUAGGAAUUGAAAAUCGAAGUGGAACCAUUUCAAAAAUUUAUAACUGGCUACGAGAGGUACUUUGCUAAUCAUCGAUACCUGAGCGAAGUUUCGUGUGCAAACAAUUGUUACUUACUACCCUUAUAAUUUGAUAUUAAACAAGAGAAAAGUCAAUGAGACGAAUGAUGUGUUCACAAAACAACUAGUUAAUUAUAAAAGAAUGAAUUGAUUAAGAAUAUUUAUGCCAAGUAGUAAAAUAAAUGCAAAAUUUAUUAUUUACCAAAUUUCAAACGCAAGCCAAUUUUUGAUCUAAAGUAUGGUAUAACGAAUUUGUAGAUUGAUUGAAACGUGGAUUAUCCUAUUCUAUUUGUACAUAUUACCUACAAUAUAACAAACCCUGUAACAUUUAAA